AUGAAGAGAGAAAUAAACAUUGAUUCAAACCCAACUGGUAUUGCUGCUGAGAAUGUUGAGAGUGACAAUACUAGCUCUGGGGCUGAGGAACUUAAGGGCGACCAAAUUGGUACUGAGACUUCCAUUAUCAAAUAUGAUGUCCCCGUGAGUACUGACUCUCGUUGUGUUCACCUUGUAUCCAACAAAGGUUCGAACAAAGGGUCUAACAGUGAUGUCAACCCUUUUGGAGAAGUUCAACAACAUGUUCCAACUCCUAAUUCACCUCACCCAUCAAAAUCAUCUGAAUCCGAUACUGAAAGUGACAAAGAUAGGCCUACCAAUAUGGAUAUUCAAGAUAUAUAG